GGUAGAGGAGGGAAAUGCUACUUAUUGACUUGGUUAAUUGGGUGCCACGCUAGCCUCCAGGAGGUAAGGCGGUUACCUAACUGCACCAACCAUUAUGCACACUCUGUGAAACAACGCCGCAACAAUCGCGUAAUUCCAGCGUCGGACAAGUGUCGGUUGUCUGCGCCUUAUCAGUCAGACCGCCACAAAGACAGCGGGACCGGACGCAUUCCCCAUUGGAUCGUCAGACCUCUCUAUAGGUAAACUUUUCGGGCAUUGGGCUCGCUUCCUCUUUGUUCCCGAGACAUCUUAACACAGUAGAAUAAUUCUUUGGAUCCGUGUCACUAACACGGAGGAAUAACAAACUCAUGGCAGCAGAUGAGACAUCGCCGCUACUCGAAAAUGCGACCCCUCCGAGGCCGAGGUCAAACAAGGCCGUUAAAGCCGGUGGUACCCUUUUCGGUCCCGCAAACCGCAUCCUCCUUGCCGGCUUCAUGAUGGCCUUCACCCUUGGCAUCACACAAGUUCCAAUCAAUUAUGUGUUUCGUCUUAUGGAAUGCGAUGUCUUCUAUAGUCAUAAUCCCCCAUUCGACGGUCCGGGCGACCGAUGUCAUCGUCGAGAGAUAAGCGCUGGCACUGCGACCCAGGUCUCCAUUCUAGGCAUGUCAACGUCCUUUAGCGGCGUCUUCAAUUUAUUCAUCUGUGGCUACUUUAUCAAACUUUGGGGUCCCCGAUGGGCUUUCGUCUCCCAGACCGUACUUUUAGGCUUGAGGGUAUCUACGCAGAUCGUCGCGGUGACGCUCGGCGGCAGGACCGGUAUAAUCGUUUUCCAAGCAUGCCAAGCCAUAGGCAUCAUCGGAGGACCUCGUGGCUUCCAACUUGUUCUCAAUACUGCAGUGGGUGAGUUAGUCGCGCCGAAAGAUCGCACGGCUGUUUUUGGUCGACUACAGGGGUCAAUCAUGUUAGGGACUGCGUUUGGUUUCUUGCUGGGAGGUGUUCUCGGCGACAUCUACAACAUCAGGCGUCCCUUCGAGACUGCCUUUUUCCUCUAUAUCAUUUCCUCGCUAUAUGGAGCACUUUUCUUACCAACAGGUACAAGCGAUGAGUCUGCUGGCAAAAAGCAGGCCGGACGGGGUAUCAGUGCUUUCUUCGCACCUAUCAAGAUGAUUGCACCUCAUUCCUACCGUUUGGAGUCGGGCAAAGUCAUCAAGAACUACAGCUUAAUCUUCCUCGCCCUGGGUAUCUUUCUUGGCGUCUUCUCUUCUGGAUAUGUCCCGAUCCUGUUACAGAUGUAUGCAACUUCCGAAUUCAACUUCGGCACUAGCGAGAAUGGAUAUCUGAUGUUCGGAAAUGCGGCUAUCCGCGGCAUAUUCUUAUUAUUUAUGUUUCCGAAACUUAUAUCUUCCGGACGAACUUGGUUCAAUGGAGAGCCAACGCCAGCGGAAAUUAGAGGACACACAUCAGAAACUCAUAUUCCUGUUAACCCGGAGGAUUUCGGAGCCGAUGAGGUUGGAGAAGUCCCCCAGGAACCAAUCCAGCCACCUGAGGACGAGGAAGAUUCCGGGACUGGGUUUGACCUCUUCUUUGUAAGAUGGAGUCUUGUUGUCGACUCCAUCGUGACAGUCAUUGCCGGUUUCUCCACCGAAGGGUGGCAGGUCUACCUUGCGGGUUUUCUUCUGCCGUUCGCUUCAGGGUCGGCACCGGCGGCCAAGGGAGUUAUGACUGAGCUAUGUCCCCCACAGCAACGACAAGAUGCCAUUAGCGCCAUUACCCUGGUGGAGAGUACUGCUACUCUGUUGACACAAGGGCUUUUUGGCCUUAUCCUAGCCAUUUUUUCAGAACUCGGCCAGCCGAGCUUGACAUUCUUUUGCAACGCCGGGUUCGCUAUACUCGGUUUCUCUGUUUUGUUUAUGGCACACUUACCACCACCUAACAGUAAGAGAAUUGAUGAUGAAGAUUCGGAAACCGAAACCGAUAACUAGAUCCAUUAGCCACAAUACACCUUGCUCUUUCAAAGACAUGGGCGAAGCAAAAAGCAUAUGAACAUAUUAGAUUGGAAGGUAUAUAUGCAUUAGUGUAGAAGGAAACAAGACUGGCACAUCCUUCGUGAAAGAUUUUAUUUACU